UUUCAGUAAAGUCGACCGACCACCGACUUUCAAAUGCAUUAGAUAAGAGAGCUAAGAGUUUUGUAGCAUCAGUUUUCACCUGAUAGUCUUCAUACCCAGCGUCUAAGGCCCACUCCGUAGCUAUCUCUAGAGCAUCAAAUUCUGCUUUCAUCCCCGAGUCUGCCAAGAGAGGGAAGCUUAGAGCAAAAACUAAGCAACCUUGUUAUUGUAGACACACGAGUCUUUAACGAUCAUCGAUGUUCAAUUGUUUCUGUUGUGGCCAUCAUGUGUGGAUCUAAGGUACAAUUUUAUCGGUGUUAAUUACACAAGGAUUUGACGUUUCGAUUUCUUAAAACAUGAUUUGUCAAUCCAAAAUGGAAAAUUGCAAAUUACCUGGCGAUUUGUUGAUUGAUGUUUUGGCAAAAUUGCCCGUAAAGUCCCUGAUGCGAUUUAAGUGUGUUUGUAAGUGUUUCUAUAAUUUGAUAAAGGGAGAUCUUCAGUUCAUGCAGAAACACUACGAAAUUAGCAAAACAAAACCGGGAUAUGCUGUUAUAGAGUCCGAAAAUGAUGAAAGUAAAGUUGUAAACUUGCUUUACAAAGAAUCAGAGUUUUAUGCGGUGGGAUGUCGAAACCUAGACAUACCACUUUUCAAUUUAAGGAUUUGGCAUAUCAAGUGUUUGUAUGGUAUGUUAUGUCUGAUUGUCGCCAGGGAGGAUCCAUCUUACCUUCAAUUAGGGAAGGAAAUGAUUUACGACAUUGUGAUAUGGAAUCCAUCCACCAAAGAAAUCAAAUCCUUACCCGCACUUAAGGUUUCCUUCCAACAUCCCCACUAUCCACCAAACGAACCACCCGUCAGUAUUGUUGUGAAUGAUGGAUUCGGUUUUGGGCUUUGUAAGAACAUGAUUUGGAAAAUUGUUGGUCUAUGGAACUUUCAUGUUAUGAAUGUCUACCACACAUUCGUAAUGGUUGGUAGUCGAAUUGGUGAUUCAUGGUGUUGGAGGCAAAUUGAUGCAACGAAUAUUACAUGUGAUUAUUUGUAUAUCAUUGAAGAUUUUUAUGUAAAGGGAAGGUACUAUUGGCGGGUUAUGGCACUCUCCCCAACUCCGUCACCUAAUGAUGGUGAGCAACUUCUUUGGUUUGACAUGGAUGAUGAGGUAUUUGGGACGCUUGAGUUACCAUAUCAUAUCGGAUGUGGUAUGUUUACAACUAUUGAUGAGACUAUUGCUUUUCUUGGUUCUCCAAUAAUGAAGAAUAAUUAUCAGGUUGAGAUUUGGUUGAUCCAUGAAGAUGACAACAACCACUUUAAUUGGCAUAAAUAUACAACCUUAGACUGUCAACAUUAUCCAGAUGAAAGGCCGAUCGGAAUUUUGAACCACCGUUUGAUUCUGUUGCCCCCAAUUUCAAAAGCUGAGGAGUUUAUGUUCAAUACAAAUGUUGUACCAUCUUUGAUUUCUAUCGACUUGGAAACUGGGGAAAGGAAGGUUAUCUAUGUCACAGAAGAAAGAAAAAACAUUGACAUUGCUUAUAACUCAAGGGGGUGUGUUCAUGUAUACUUUGAGGGGAACGUUCAGAUUCCUCGAGAGUUCAGAACGUUUCAUCUAUUCGGGGCAUUUGUUCGAGUUUAUCAUCAGAGUCUAUAUUUAUUGUGAAAAGAAAUGGACCUUUAAUUAUUGAGUUAAGAAUGUUUCGUCUUUUUACUUAUGUUCAUUUGUAUAACAUUACCUCCCCCAAAAUCUUUUGGAAGUAAAGCUUGAAUGUUGUUGUUGUUCGUUUAUUUAACAACGAAUUAUCAUUUUAUAGAGUAGUAUAUGUCGGAUUUGACUCAUAUUUUUUCAAGUCUUAUCAGGAGCCAGAAUGCUUCAGAACUAGCCCUAAAGCUUUAGAACUAUCUACAUGAUAGAAUUGUCGAG